AUGGAGGCUUGGUUUCCACGAAACUACACUGGUCGUUUCCUGAGUACCGGCAAUGGAGGGCUCGGUGGUUGUAUCCAGUACUAUGACGUUGCAUACGCAUCGGGACUGGGCUUUGCAACGGUUGGCGCCAAUAAUGGCCAUAAUGGAUCAUCCGGUGAACCCUUUUAUCGGCACCCUGAGGUUGUCGAAGACUUUGCUUAUCGGUCGAUUCACACUGGAGUCGUGGUGGGAAAGGAACUCACGAAGUUAUUUUAUGAGCAAGGUUUUAAUAAAUCCUACUAUUUGGGCUGCUCUACAGGCGGCCGCCAGGGUUUCAAAUCUCUCCAGAAGUACCCCAAUGACUUUGAUGGCGUUGUUGCAGGUGCUCCCGCAUUAAAUUUCAUCAACCUGCUGUCGUGGAGCGCUCACUUCUAUUCGCUUACUGGACCACCCUCUUCGGACACCUAUCUAUCACCUGCUCUGUGGAAAGUAGUUCAUGAUGAGAUCUUGCGACAAUGUGACGGAAUGGAUGGAGCAGUAGAUGGUAUUAUCGAAGACACAGAUCUCUGCCACCCGAUCAUGGAGACUAUCAUUUGUAAGCCUGGAUCAUCCUCGAACAGAUGUAUCACCGGUACACAGGCAAGAACCGUACGAAACGUCUUGUCGCCGCUGUAUGGGGUGAAUGGAACACUAUUGUACCCUCGCAUGCAGCCUGGGUCUGAGAUGCUCGCUAGGUUCAUGAUGUACAACGGCAAACCGUUUCCCUACAGCGAAGAUUGGUACCGCUAUGUUGUUUACAAUAACCCCAACUGGGAUGCCACCACUUUUAAUGUCCAGGAUGCUGCUAUUGCCCUUGAGCAAAACCCAUUCAACAUUCAGACCUGGGAAGCGGAUCUCUCACCGUUCCGCGACGCUGGUGGCAAGGUCCUGACCUACCAUGGCCUUCAAGACCAGCUCAUCAGCUCCGAUAACUCCAAGUUGUACUACGCACGAGUGGCCGAAACAAUGAAUCUUGGCCCGGAUCAAUUGGACGAGUUCUAUCGGUUUUUCCAGGUUAGUGGAAUGGCACACUGUGGGCAAGGUGAUGGUGCAUACGGUAUCGGGAACGGUUUAAGGACAUACAAUGGGAAUGACCCAGAGAACAAUGUUCUAAUGGCCACAGUUCAAUGGGUAGAAAAGGGAAUUGCUCCCGAUUAUAUUCGCGGUGCAAAAUUCGCCGAUGGUGCUGGUAGCACUGUGGAGUAUACUCGCAAGCAUUGCAGGUAUCCACGGAGAAACGUCUUCAAGGGCCCAGGGAACUACACGAACGAGAGUGCAUGGCUCUGUGUUUAA